GGGUUUUAUACAUAUUUUUGCAGGUUUAUUAGUUUCUCUGGAUCAGCCAACCCUUAGCAUCCAAAAAGAUGUCCUCACAAUAACUGCGAAUAACACUCUAAAUAUUACUUGCAGCGGUCAGGGACCACUGGAGUGGUCCUGGCCAAGCAACCAGAGCAGUGUUGAGAAGCGUAUCUCUGUGACAGACUGCAGCGAUGGGCCCUACUGCAAGAGACUUACUCUCCUCAAAGUCAUUGGCAAUGACACAGGGGACUACAGGUGCCUUUACAGGGACAAGCAGGCAGCUACUACCAUUUAUGUCUAUGUUCAAGAUUACAGAUCUCCAUUUGUGACUUCAGUUAGUGAUCAGCUUGGCAUUGUAUACAUCACUAAGAAUAAAACCGUGGUAGUGCCAUGCCUUGGAACCAUAUCAAAUCUCAAUGUAUCUCUACAUGCGAAAUAUCCAGAAAAGAUAUUUGUUCCUGAUGGGAAGUCAAUUUCGUGGAAUAACAAGAAAGGCUUCACUAUACCCAGUCAUUUAAUCAACUACGCGGGCAUGGUCUUCUGUGAAACUAAAAUAGAUGAUGAAAGCUACCAGUCUGUGAUAUACAUAGUUGCAGUUGUAGGAUACCGAAUUUAUGACCUGACAAUGAACCCACACCAGCAAGUAGAGCUGGCAGUGGGAGAAAAACUUGUUCUCAAUUGCACCGUAAGGACAGAACUGAAUGUGGGAAUUGAUUUUAAAUGGGACUACCCUUCCAUCAAGGAAAAACGUGCCACAAUAAGGGAUUUAAAAACCACUGCAGGAGAAGUAAAGAAGUUUGUAAGCACUCUUACCAUCGACAGCGUGUCCUUAAGUGACAAAGGUCGAUACACUUGUGCAGCAUCCAGCGGUCGUAUGAACAUGAAAAACAGCAGUUACUUCAUUAUCCAUGAAAGUCCUUUUAUUCAUCUGGAGAGAAUGGAGAAUGUGGUUGAGACAAGGCUAGGUGAUACAGUCAAAAUACCCAUCAAGUUUAAGGGAUAUCCUCCACCAGAGGCAAAAUGGUAUAAAAAUGGAAAAGCCAUCGAUGCAAAUCAUACAGUUAAACUGGGCUACACAUUAGUGAUCACUGAAGCAACAGAGAAGGAUGCUGGGAAUUACACUGUCGUCCUUACAAACCCUACUAACAAGAUCCAAAAGAGACACAUGUUUACUCUGCUUGUGAAUGUGCCCCCCCAGAUCGGCGAGAACGCACUGCUGGCCCCCGUGGACUCCUACAAGUACGGCUCGACGCAGGCGCUCACCUGCACUGUCUACGCUGUCCCACCGCCCACCGCCGUCCUCUGGCACUGGCAGCUGGAGGAGGAGUGCACCUUCAGCCCCCAGAAAGUUCGCUCAGGAGCCAAUCCAUAUGCAUGCAGGAAAUGGAAAGUGAUUUCAGAGAGAAAGGGUGGGAAUCAGGUUGAAAUUAAGCAGCGAGUUGCUACUAUUGCUGGGAAAACAAAGACUGUGAGCACCCUUGUGAUUCAAGCAGCAAAUGUAUCUGCUUUGUAUAGAUGUAUGGCUACGAACAGAGCUGGGUCAAGUGAGAGAGUUAUCUCCUUUCAUGUGACCAGGGGUCUUGAAAUUAAUCUCCAGCCUCGGAAUCAACUCACAGAGAAGGAUAACAUGUCCUUGCAAUGCACAGCAGACAAAUUAACCUUUGAGAAGCUGUCCUGGUACAAACUUAGUACUCACACUUCACAGGCUCCCUUUGGAGGGCUGCCCAUGCCCGUUUGCAAGAACCUCAAUGCUCUCCAGAAGCUGAAUGCGACAGUUUCAAAUACCAAUGGUGAAAAUGUCACCUUAGAGCUCAUCCUCCGUAACAUCUCCCUCCAGGAUGGAGGGGACUACGUUUGCAUUGCUCAGGACAAAAAGGCCAAAACACAGCACUGCCUGGUGAAGCAUCUCACUGUUCAAGAGCCCAUGGCACCCACACUCAUAGGGAAUCUGGAAAAUCAAACAACAAACAUUGGUGAAACCAUAGAAGUGUCAUGCACAGCAAAUGGCAUUCCUCCUCCAAACAUCAUGUGGUUUAAAAAUAAUGAAACCCUUUUCGAAGAUUCAGGUAUCGUUUUGAAAGAUGGAAACAAAACACUAACCAUACGCCGAGUGAGGAAGGAAGAUGGAGGGCUAUACACCUGCCUUGCCUGCAAUGUCCUCGGAUGCAAAAAAGCAGUGGCUUUUUUUUCAGUGGAAGGCGCUGAAGAGAAAACAAAUCUGGAGCUCAUUAUCCUCGUUGGCACUGCAGUCAUUGCCAUGUUCUUCUGGUUGCUUCUUGUAAUCAUCCUCCGGACCGUUAAGCGGGCCAGUGGAGGGGACAUGAAGACUGGCUACUUGUCAAUCAUCAUGGAUCCUGAUGAAGUCCCUAUAGAUGAGCACUGCGAACGGCUGCCGUAUGAUGCCAGCAAGUGGGAGUUUCCCAGAGACCGGCUAAAGCUAGGUAAACCUCUUGGUCGUGGAGCUUUUGGCCAGGUCAUAGAAGCAGAUGCAUUUGGGAUUGACAAAACUGCUACCUGCAAAACAGUGGCUGUCAAAAUGCUUAAAGAGGGUGCAACCCAUAGUGAGCACAGAGCACUUAUGUCAGAGCUGAAGAUCCUCAUUCAUAUUGGGCAUCAUCUCAAUGUUGUCAAUUUACUUGGAGCUUGCACAAAGCCAGGAGGCCCACUCAUGGUGAUUGUGGAAUAUUGCAAGUUCGGAAACCUGUCAGCUUACCUACGGAGCAAGAGGAGUGAAUUUGUCCACUACAAGACCAAAAGUGCCAGGUUUCGGCAGGGGAAGGAGAACUAUGUUGGUGACGUCUCCGCAGACCUGAAGCGGCGGCUGGACAGCAUCACCAGCAGCCAGAGCUCAGCAAGCUCUGGCUUUGUGGAGGAGCGGUCCCUCUGCGAUGUGGAAGAGGAGGAUG